UGAUUAGUUAGCGCUCAGCUGACAGCGGUUGAUUCGAUUAGUUAGCGCUCAGCUGACAGCGGUUGACUUGAUUAGCGUCAGUUCCAAUAAAGGACGAGAGGUGCUGGUGUUUCUGUUUGGCUGAAGAUGAUUUCAGGAUUGCUGUUGUUGGUGUUGGUGGGCUCUGCAAUGGCACAGAGGGAUUUGUCUGUAGACUGUGGCAGUGAUGGUUGGGUCACGGUGCACUGGAGGCCCGGACUGGGAUUCUCCCAGACGCUGGAUCAGUCCAAGGCUCUCCUGGGAACCUGUCCGCCGAGCUCGCUGAUGUCCGAGGACACGCUGCUCUUCCGUGUGCUGGUCCGUGACUGUGGCUUCAUCCAGCAGGUGAUGGAGGGCCGAGUCACGUACUCCAACAUGCUGAUCUAUGCGCGACGCCCUGAACUCCCCAUUAUUACCCAGUUGGUGAAGUGCGACUAUGACUCGCCUGUAGGCGAGGAGAGCGAGUUCAGCGCCGAGGAACCGGACGAGAACCGAGAACAGGAGACCUUCAACAUGGAGAUCAUGAACCCUGAUUUCAGUGGUCCUGCCCCGUCUCUGAGGUUCGGACUGGGUUCCAGUAUUCCCAUCAGAGCCACGGUGGAGCCGAGGAGCCACAGAUCGCUGAGGAUCUACAUGAAGAGCUGUGAGUUCGCCACAGACGCCGACAUACGCCGCGCCACACAGGUGCAUCCCAUCAUCGCCAACGCUGGGUGUCUGAUGGAGAGUAAAUCGGGAAACUCCAGCUUUCUGCCGCGCCGGCACUCGGAUGAAAUGCGUCUGUAUCUCGAAGCCUUCCGGUUUGCUCUGGGACAGAAGAUUUUCCUGCACUGUGAUCUGGAAGCUUGUGUCGUCCGGAGCUUGAACGUGGACCGGAAGGCCUGUCACUACGUGCCGGAGAAGCGCAGAUGGACGCUCCUGGAUGAGCCGUCCCAGAGCUACGCCUGUGCCUGCUGCGACUCCACCUGCCCGAGGACUGGCCUCAUGAUCGACGGCGUGUCGGUACAUAAAGUUCUGGGGCCGCUUGUGAUCGUGGAGAAUGAGCCUGAGAGCAGCGGGUCACCGGACUCACGGGCGAGCUCUGCACACGGUAUGAGCGCGUCUCGUGUCUGGCUGCUGGUGUUUGUGGUCGCGCUGGCGCUGGUGACCGUCAUGGGUGUUUUGGUCAUCAGUUAUUACCUGUGCUUCUGGAGAGGAGGACGUCUGGGCUACAGGCCGAGCAGAGAUCUACUCACCAAAUACUGAUGCUCAAUAAAGAGUCUGUGGCUUUUC